AUGCCUCAGAAGAAGAGGAAACAUCGACACGCCUCAAAUGAAUCGAAGCUCUUGAAAAGCGUGACCCGCGAGACCCGUGGAGAGGCUAUCGAGGUCCCAGACGAAUCUCACCUUGGGAAUAAACUGGCUAACAGCCAGGAAACCAACUGUAAUACGGCUCAUGUGAGAGACCAUAAAAGUCCGCGUGUACACCGGACCGUGAAAUGCGAAUUGGGAAUUCAGACAACCGACCAGAAGAAUUCAUGGGAGGAGCACGCCAUUCUGAACGAACUGGUGAAGCAGGAACUGAGAAAUAUCGAGGGGAUCAGGCGCAAGGAAUUCCAGUAUCUCAAGGGAGUUCCGAAGGAUGAGGCACUUAGGCAACUCGACUCCAUGGGGUUGGAGGAGCUGAGGAAACUUGCAGCACAGCUGAAAUCUCUUGGAGACGGCGAGACAACUGCAGAAAAGGCCAUGUAUGACGAUGACGAAAGCGGCGACAACGACACCCCGAGAUGCCUCACACCACCAGCUGAAGAGUGA